CCGCCGCCGCCACCACCACCGCAGCCGCCGCCGCCGCCAGCUUCAGGGCCGUUCGCCGCUGCGGGGAGCGAGAGGCGGAGGCGGGGCCGGUGCCGCAAUGGAGCCCGACUCGGUGAUCGAGGACAAGACCAUCGAGCUCAUGUUACCGAAGUGCAUGUUUGGGAUUUUGUUGAAGAAAGCUGGAUACAGUAAAGCUGAAGGAAUCUUGGAAGAUGAUUGACUGCUGUCUUUUCUCAGACUAGUCUGAAAGGGAAUACCCUCCACCCAUUCAUUCUGGAUUGGUGGAUCUGAAGUACAAACUAUUUUCCAGUGUUCUGUGCCAAGGUCUUUGUGGCUAGGCUGCUCCAACCUGGUAGAGAGCAAUGUGCGCACUGAGAUGCCUGCAGAGCAUGCCCAGUGUCAGAUGUCUCCAGAACACGUCAGUUAUGGAGGAUCAGAAUGAAGAUGAGUCCCCAAAGAAAAAUACACUAUGGCAGAUAAGUAAUGGAACAUCGUCUGUGAUAGUCUCCAGGAAACGACCGUCUGAAGGAAAUUACCAAAAAGAAAAGGACUUGUGUAUUAAGUAUUUUGACCAGUGGUCUGAAUCAGAUCAGGUUGAAUUUGUGGAACAUCUGAUUUCACGAAUGUGUCAUUAUCAGCAUGGACAUAUUAACUCUUACCUGAAGCCCAUGUUGCAGCGGGACUUCAUCACUGCUUUACCAGAGCAAGGCUUAGAUCACAUAGCAGAAAACAUCCUUUCUUACCUGGAUGCUAGAUCUCUGUGUGCAGCAGAACUGGUGUGUAAAGAAUGGCAGCGUGUGAUCUCUGAAGGAAUGCUUUGGAAAAAAUUGAUUGAAAGGAUGGUACGGACUGAUCCACUCUGGAAGGGACUUUCAGAAAGAAGAGCAUGGGAUCAGUACCUGUUUAAAAACAGACCCACAGAUGGCCCUCCCAAUUCAUUUUAUAGGUCACUGUACCCAAAGAUUAUCCAGGAUAUAGAGACUAUAGAAUCUAAUUGGAGAUGUGGGAGACAUAACUUGCAGAGAAUUCAGUGCCGCUCUGAAAAUAGUAAAGGUGUCUACUGUUUACAGUAUGAUGAUGAAAAGAUUAUCAGUGGCUUACGGGAUAAUUCUAUUAAGAUUUGGGAUAAAACCAGUUUGGAGUGUUUGAAAAUACUAACAGGACACACAGGUUCAGUCCUUUGUCUGCAGUAUGAUGAGAGGGUUAUUGUUACUGGCUCCUCAGACUCCACAGUGAGAGUUUGGGAUGUGAACACAGGAGAAGUUCUGAAUACAUUGAUCCACCACAAUGAGGCAGUCCUUCACCUGCGCUUCAGCAAUGGCUUAAUGGUGACUUGUUCAAAGGACAGGUCCAUUGCUGUGUGGGACAUGGCGUCACCCACUGACAUCACGCUUCGACGUGUAUUGGUUGGCCACCGAGCAGCGGUGAAUGUGGUUGACUUUGAUGACAAGUAUAUUGUCUCUGCUUCUGGUGACAGGACCAUUAAAGUCUGGAGCACAAGUACCUGUGAAUUUGUUCGUACUCUGAAUGGGCACAAACGUGGUAUUGCCUGCCUUCAGUAUAGGGAUCGACUAGUUGUGAGUGGGUCUUCAGACAAUACUAUUAGGCUAUGGGACAUUGAGUGUGGUGCCUGUUUGAGGGUUUUAGAAGGGCAUGAAGAAUUAGUCCGGUGCAUCAGAUUUGAUAACAAGAGGAUUGUGAGUGGAGCCUAUGAUGGAAAAAUUAAGGUUUGGGAUUUGCAAGCUGCUCUUGAUCCCCGGGCACCAGCAAGCACAUUAUGUUUGCGUACAUUGGUGGAACAUUCUGGACGGGUGUUUCGGCUGCAGUUUGAUGAAUUUCAGAUCAUUAGUAGUUCCCAUGAUGACACUAUUCUGAUUUGGGAUUUCCUAAAUGUGCCCCCCAGUGCCCAGAACGAGACCCGUUCUCCCUCUAGAACAUACACUUACAUCUCCAGAUAACAGUCUGCACUUUCACCCACAUCAGGGUUCCAUAGUCUUGAACUACUGGCUACACAGCUCUCACGUGCCCACAGGUGUUCAUUCACAGCUGAGUAUGAAGUUGGAAUUGGUUCUAGAUGCUGUGUAGAGGCAAAGCAGCACAACUCUAAAUUCUCAUUUUUCUUGUGAUCUCCAACUCCUGACUGUUUACUUGGAGGCAUUUAUGACGGUCACACCGACUUCAAGUACAUAAGAAAAAGCCUGUCCUUCCCUGCCAUGAAAAAAACCUAAUGCUUCAACUGUAAAUUUUUCAUAUAAACUGAAUUUACACUCUGUUUUACAGAAGUAAAUGAAAAUUCAAGAAAAGACUUGGCCUAAUUUAUAUUGCUUUGCACUUUGGUCUGACUUUAAAGAACAACAUCACAUUCUCCGAUGAAAUUUGGGUGCCAAACACAUGCCCAGAAUGUACAUUGUUCCUUUCAGACGUCGGCAUCCUCCUUUUGACUGUACGAGUUACUCCGCAUCAAGAACUUGUUUUAUAAGGAGUGUGUUGGACGUUUGGAAAUAUUUCUGGAUUGUUUAAUAAUAUUUUUGGAUUUUACUUUAUUUCUGCUCCACUUACUCCUUUUAAUUUAAAGAAUUGUAAACCAGAUGAUACUAUCUGCCAACUGGUAAUAUGGCACUGGCUUUUCUUUUAUUAAUGGCCCUCUCCUCCUGCUUUCCUCUGUUUUACUGAUAUUUGAUAUAGUCAUACCUUUACAUGAGUGCUUGCUCCUAAUUUAAAAUACUGUAUCAGCAUGUAGAUAGAAUGUACAUAACAGUUUAACCUCAAGGUGUAUGGAGUCAGGGCCUCCUGAUCCCGAGACACUAAUGCAGACUGUAUUAGCACUUAGCCACGGGAUAUUCUCAAUGACUGGCACCCAGGGGUUCAUGUGGAUCAACUAGAAUCCUCCGUGCAGUAUUCAUAAGAUUUUUUUUUUAUGGGAACUAUGUUUUAAAAUGUAAUUUCUAAGCUUAAGAAAAUUAAAAUGUUUUGUUUCUGUUCUGCAGUAUGUACAAUAGAUGUACCUUUAAAAAAAUUUUUUUGUUUGUUUCCUUAAUGGUAUUCUGAAGUACUUACAAGUUAGUGUUUUUUUUUUGUUUGUUUGUUUUGUUUUUGUUUUUUUUAAAUGUAGCAUCUACUUGGCUCCACAGUUGAACAAUGUCUCGAGUCAGAAUUUAAAUGUAUUUAUAUUUUUAAUUUUACUCUUUCUGAAUUGAAGUAGUAGCUCUUUCAAGAUUCUGUUGGCUGCCACGACUCUGUCUGGGUCUAGACUCUGUCUAGUUUUCAGGCCCUAGCCCCAGGCCAGUUCUUGGUGCAUGUGCUGGUAUGUGUGGUUCCUUUGUAGUUUUGUUAUUGGACAUCUCCUUCACCAGGCCUCUUUUGGGGCCUCCAUCUUAGGCUUCCUUGCCUUUCAUUCUCAGUCUCAUGUAUUUCGUGGCAUGCUUCUGUGGGAAGGGAUUACUCACAAAUGUCAUUUCUCUUGAUUUGCUUCGUAUGACUGCAGCUUUCAACAAAGGAUUUUGUUUUGUUACUCUUAGCUUCCAAAUGCACUAAAAUUCAAGUAGGUGUGAAUGACAUUGUCACAUUGACUGUCUGUGGAGAUCAGAUUGGCACUGACCUGUAGCUGGCGCGCUCUCUCUCUCUCUUUUUUUUUUUUUUCAUGUACAAUGUUAUGUUUUAUUUGUCCUUUGACAUUUGUUUUAAUCCAGGAAUGUCCAUGGUAUUUAAAGGACCAAUAAAUUAAUAUUAAAAUGCAGUGAACAAGCAUGGCUAGCAGUGGCAUCCUCUUGUGGAUCAAACCUCUUCCCAGCGAAAGCACACACAGAUACUACCAAAGGGCAGAUUGCUUUGCUAUAUUUUAUCCUUUGCAUCGAGAAAAAGUGUUGGGAUCAAUGUGUAGUUUCUCUUUUCUUUUUUCUUUUUCUUUUUUCUUCAGUUAAGCUUCCUCCUAUAUGUUACAAGUGAUUUCUUUCUUUGAGUGAUAGAACCCCAAAGUGCAGAAGUAGGGUGACCGUUUUGUAAGCUUGACAGUAGUUGGUGAAAGUGACUUAAUUUUAACCCUUUUCAUCUUAGAGCUUUAAUAUUAAACCGGCUAAGAAAAGAUGCUCUUGCAGCCCAGAAGAAAAUGGUGAAUUGUUUGUUUCUCAGAGAAGAGCAGCGUCCUUUUUUAUGCAUGUAUAAAAUGGAAAUUCUGCAUUUUCCUUGGGAGAUCAUGGUGUUUUGAACGUGCACACAACUUUUGAAUUGUGCUUACUAAACCAAUAGCAGUGGACUUUGUCUUUGGCACCCAAGGAAUCUGACUUCGGAGAUUCCUAGUAGCAAUUCCUGGCUGCACUCUGGAUUUGGUUUUGCUAACCGUAAUUGAACAAUUGUACAUUACUGCUAUAUUACUGUUUAAAAGCACUGGGAUAGUCUACUUCUAACUUGUAAUGAAUUAUGUUUGCCAAUUAUCUGUUUGAAAUAAGUUUGUGUCUGAACAGCUUAUUGAAACCGUUAAAUUGUACAGAUAUUGUUCAUGACCUAAAAGCUUUGUACUGUGGAAUGUGCUUAAUAAAAAAAAAAAAGUUUGACCCUUGUCCAGGAAAUUGCUAAUAUCAUUUUUAAAAAAAUUCUGCAUCACAGCUAAUCUGGCUUCAUGCAUUUGUUACUUCAGAUACUAAUUUAAAGCUAAUAAUCUUAAUAAAAUA